AUGGAAGCCAGCGUCCGACUGCUCGCCUCCGGCAUGCGAGGCUUGAGAGUCUCCUCCUCCUCAAGGAUAUCAACAUCAACAUCCACAUCAACAGCACGCGCCUUCACCACCACCACCUCCCUCCACGCCUCCGACUACUCACCCACACCUACACCCCCCUCCUCCCGCUCCACCAUUUCCUCCUCCAUCUCCACCGUCCUGGAUGAAUCCCUCGACCUCAAAAAAGGCCAACACGCGACCCGCCAAUCCCGCUUUCCCGGAAAACAUCCCGCCCCCGCAACCACGCAAUCGUCCAUUUCCAACUUUGCCCGCACCCUGACCGCUCCCGGCCGCUCCUCCAAAUCCCAAUCCCCAUCCACCAACCCCUCCUCCGCAGCAUUAGACAUUGAUGCCUGGUUCAACAACCCCUCUGACUCACCCCCUCCCUCGGGAGUCUCCCCGGAGAGUGAAUUGCCCACGGUCAAACUGAAUCCGACGGUUGGGAGGACGAUCAAAGUGGACAUGAACCGCGGCAUGGAUGUCGGCAGGGCCUUUCGAACCCUGGAGAUGUCGUGUGCGAGAAAUUCCGUCCGGAAGGACUUUAUGCGCCAGAGGUUUCAUGAACGCCCGGGUCUGAAGAGGAAGAGGCUGAAGGGCGAGCGGUGGAGGCGGAAUUUCAAGGCGGGAUUCAAGGAGACGGUUGCCUUGGUGGUGAGGAUGAAGAGGCAGGGCUGGUAG